GCACGGACAACAGCUACGCGAGCCGUUCACCUACUCUUUGGAGAUGAGCAGGAAGAUAUCCCUGGCUUUAAAUUUAAAUUCGAUUCGGCACCUACCGCCAUAGUCCAGAGUUGGGGCCGCGACGGCGGCGCCUCCACUUGCCGUUUCAACUGUACCGACAACCAGGAAGCUUCGCUACAGACCGACUAAAUCGCUAGCUCGAGACCCGGAUGGCACAAAGAGGAAGAGGCCCCGCGCGUCGCACAGCAUGCUGGGGGAAAAGGGGUGGGGACAAGAGUUUCUAUAGCAACGCGGCUCCAGGAGGAAAGACAGUUGUUCUAACUCAGGAAGACCAUCUUGGAAACAUGUGGAAUGACAUUGAGCUUCUAACAAAUGAUGAUACAGGAAGUGGGUACCUAAGUGUUGGUUCAAGAAAGGAACAUGGAACUGCUUUAUAUCAAGUAGAUCUGCUAGUGAAGAUCUCCUCUGAAAAGGCCUCAUUAAGUCCAAAGAUCCAAGCAUGUAGCUUCAGUGAUGGCUUUAUUAUUGUAGCAGACCAAUCUGUGAUACUGCUUGACAGUGUUUGUAGAUCACUUCAGCUGCAUCUUAUAUUUGAUACUGAAGUGGACGUUGUUGGCCUAUGUCAGGAAGGAAAGUUUCUUUUGGUUGGUGAGAGAAAUGGCAAUUUACAUCUUAUUCAUGUAACAACAAAGCAAACAUUACUCACUAAUGCUUUUGUUCAGAAAGCUGAUGGUGAAAAACAGAGUACUUAUCAGAAUCUUAUUAUUGAGAAAGAUGUUUCAAAUGAAGGUACCUAUUAUAUGCUGCUUCUUACCAACAGUGGAUUUUUUUAUAUUACAAACCUUGAGCUUGUAAAAAUGCAACAAGCCAUUGAGAAUGUAGACUUCAAUGCAGCAAAAAAGUUACAGGGACAAAUCAAAUCCAGUUUUAUUUCUACUGAAAAUUAUCAUACUCUUGGUUGUCUCAAUCUUGCGGUUGGAGAUUUAGCAAGCGAAAUCCCUGUGAUAAUUGGGGGAACUGGUAAUUGUGCAGUCUCAAAAUGGGAACCAGAGUCUUCCAAGAAAGGAAUGGCAGUUAAGAAUCUUAUUGAUUCUGAGAUAAUUAAAGGUGCAAAGAAGUUCCAGCUGAUAGACAAUCUACUUUUUGUUCUUGAUACAGAUAAUGUGUUGAGCUUAUGGGAUAUUUACACUUUAACUCCCAUAUGGAACUGGCCUUCUCUUCACAUACAAGAGUUUCUUCUUACUACAGAAGCAGAUUCUCCUUCAUCUGUGGCAUGGCAAGGGAUUACUAAUCUCAAAUUAGUAGCUCUGACAACUACUACUACUAAGAAGAUGAAAAACCUCACGGUUUAUUCAUUACCUACAAUGGAAAUGCUAUAUUCUUUGGAAGUUUCAAGUAUUUCUUCACUUGUCCAAACAGGAAUUAGCACAGAUACUAUAUACCUUAUGGAAGGAAUUUGCAAAAAUGAUCCAAAUUUACCUGAAGAGUCAGUCUCUGUUUUAGUGCUUAGAUGCCUUACAGAAGCUUUACCAGAAAACAGAUUGAGUCGGUUACUUCACAAACGCAGAUAUGCUGAAGCCGAGAACUUUGCCAUUCAGUUUGGACUAGAUGUUGAGCUUGUUUACAAGGUAAAAUCAAAUGAUAUAUUGGAGAAACUAGCUUUGAGUUCUGUGGGUACCAGUGAGCAAACCGAAUGGCAAAAACUAGUAGAUGAAGCUAAAGAAAAUCUGCAUAAAAUCCAGGAUGAUGAGUUUGUGGUGGAUUACUGCUUGAAGGCCCAGUGGAUAACCUACGAAACAACCCAGCAAAUGCUAAAUUACGCCAAAACCAGACUUUUGAAGAAAGAAGACAAAACUGUUCCUGUCUAUUCUGAUGGCUUAAAAGAGGUACUAAAGGCCCAUGCAAAGUUGACUACUUUUUAUGGAGCAUUUGGACCAGAAAAAUUCAGUGGGGGUUCUUGGAUUGAAUUUCUGCAAAAUGAAGAUGAUCUUAAAGAUAUUUUUUUACAACUAAGAGAAGGAAACCUUGUUUGUGCACAAUACCUUUGGCUUCGACAUCGGGCAAACUUUGAAAGCAGAUUUGAUGUGAAAAUGCUUGAGAACUUACUCAACUCAAUUUCUACACCAGUCUCUUUGCAAAAACUCUGUCCGUGGUUUAAAAAUGAUUUGAUUCCAUUUGUGAGAAGGACUGUACCUGAAGGACAGAAAAUUCUUGCAAAAUGGCUGGAGCAAGCAGCCAGGAAUCUUGAAUUAACUGAUAAGGCAAACUGGCCAGAAAAUGGACUUCAGCUGGCAGAGGUGUUUUUUACAGCUGUAAAACCAGAUGAAUUGGGAUUGGCAUCCUCUUGGCAUUGGAUCUCCUUGAAGGAUUAUCAAAACACAGAGGAAGUAUGUCAGUUAAGGAGUUUGGUAAAUAACUUGCACGAGUUAAUCACGUUACAUAGGAAAUACAGCUGCAGAUUGGCCCUUUCUGAUUUUGAGAAGGAGAAUACAACCACCAUAGUGUUCAGAAUGUUUGAUAAAGUGUUGGCUCCAGAGCUUAUUCCUUCCACCUUAGAGAAGUUUAUAAGAGUUUACAUGAGGGAGCAUGACUUGCAAGAGGAGGAACUUCUCCUACUGUACAUAGAGGAUUUAUUGAAGAGAUGUAGCUCAAAGUCCACAUCACUGUUUGAGACAGCAUGGGAAGCCAAAGCCAUGGCAGUAAUAGGGUGUUUAUCUGACACAGAUCUCAUAUUUGAUGCUGUGCUUAAGAUAAUGUAUGCAGCAGUGGUCCCUUGGAGUGCAGCUGUGGAGCAGCUGGUGAAGCAGCACUUAGAGAUGGACCAUCCCAAAGUAAAGCUGUUACAGGAAAGUUACAAACUGAUGGAGAUGAAAAAGCUUUUACGAGGCUAUGGAAUAAGGGAGGUGAAUCUCUUGAACAAGGAAAUAAUGAGGGUGGUCAGAUACAUUCUCAAACAGGAUGUCCCAUCUUCAUUAGAAGAUGCUUUAAAGGUGGCACAGGCAUAUAUGUUGGCUGAUGACGAAAUCUACAGUCUAAGGAUUAUUGACCUGAUUGACAGAGAACAGGGUGAAGAAUGCCUCCUUCUGCUGAGGUCUUUGCCUCCUGCUGAAGCUGAGAAAACUGCGGAAAGAGUGAUCAUAUGGGCACGACUGGCGUUACAGGAAGAACCAGAUAAUUCUAAAGAGGACAAGGCCUGGAGAAUGUAUGUAGCAAAGACAUCAGUGGACAUUCUUAAAAUACUAUGUGACAUUCAGAAAGACAAUCUGCAGAAGAAGGAUGAAUGUGAAGAAAUCUUAAAACUGUUUAAAGCUGUUGCUAGCUUACAGGAGAACUUUGAGGUCUUUCUUUCGUUUGAAGAUUACAGUAACAGUUCCCUGGUGGCAGAUCUCCGUGAACAGCACAUUAAAGCUCAUGAAGCUGCCCAGGCCAAACACAAACCCAGGCGGACCCCAGAACCCAUGGCUGCUGAGGCGAAGAGCCUGAGCACUGAAUCAAAGCUGCACAGACAGGCGCUGGCUCUGCAGGUGUCCAAACAGGAGCUGGAGGCAGAGCUGACUUUGAGAGCCUUAAACGACGGGGAGGUCGAAACAGCACUGAGAAAAUGCAGAGACUUGUUUAAGUAUCACUACAACGCAGACACAGGAACGUUGCUCUUUUUGUCAUGUCAAAAGCUUUGUCAUAUGUUGGCUAAUGAUAUCCCAAUGAAAAUACCUAUAGGAAUAGAUCUUCCUUCAGAGAUACAUGAUCUAGCAUGCCAAGCAGCCACCAUCUGCAGUCCAGAUUUUUUACCAGAUGCUUUAGAACUAUGUAAAUAUACUUUAAUGGCAGUGGAGCUUUCCAGACAGUGCCAAAUGGAUGACUGUGGGAUUUUAAUGAAAACUUCUUUUGGAACUCAUAAAGAUCCAUAUGAGGAGUGGUCAUACAGUGAUUUCUUCAACGAGGAUGGAAUUGUUCUUGAAUCACAAAUGGUGCUACCUGUUAUUUAUGAAUUGAUUUCAUCAUUUGUUCCUCUAGCAGAAAACAAGAGACAUUCCUUGGAUUCCUCAAGUUUGCCAUACUGCUCAAUUAGUGAAGGAGACAGCCUUAUUUUGCCUGUUAUAAGUUCCAUCUCUGCCCUGCUUCAGAACCUUCAGGAGUCUAGCCAGUGGGAACUGGCCCUGAGAUUUGUAGUUGGUUCGUUUGGUACCUGUCUUCAGCACUCUGUGUCAAACUUCAUGAAUGCCAGUCUGAGUGAGAAGGUGUUUGGAGAGACCACACUCAUUAAAUCAAAGCAUGUUGUUAAGGAAUUGAAAGAAAAAGCUGUUAUGUUUAUCAGGGCAAACGCUACAACCCUAUUACACAAAGUAUUUAAUUGUCGCCUGGUAGAUCUUGACUUGGCAUUUGGUUACUGCACUCUCUUACCCCAAAAUGAAGUGUUCGAAAAUCUCUGGAAGCUCAUAGAUAAAGCAUGGCAGAAUUAUGACAAAAUUUUGGCAAUAUCUCUGGUGGGCUCUCAGCUGGCCAGUCUCUAUCAGCAAGUGGAAAUGGAGCUUAAGUUCUGUGAACUUGGUACUGAUGCCCAAUGGGGUAUUCGUCUUGGUAAACUUGGUAUUUCUUUUCAACCAGUUUUCAGGCAACAUUUUCUAACAAAGAAAGACCUCAUUAAAGCUCUUGUGGAGAAUAUAGAUAUGGACACAAGCCUCAUUCUGGAAUAUUGCAGCACAUUUCAGCUGGACUGUGACGCAGCUCUUCAGCUAUUCAUCGAAACGCUGCUCCACAACAGUAAUGCCAGCCAAGCCCAGGGAGAUGCGGCCACACAGCCCACAGGGCAGCAGCCUUCCAGACUCCUGGCCAAAGCCGUGGAAAUGGUCCCUUUACUGACGAGCACGAAAGAUCUGGUUAUCAGUCUUGGUGGAAUACUGCAUAAGUUGGAUCCCUAUGACUAUGAAAUGAUUGACGUUGUCUUGAAAGUUAUAGAAAGAGCUGAUGAAAAGAUAACCAGUAUUAAUAUUAACCAGGCUUUGAGUCUUCUGAAACAUUUGAAGUCAUACAGAAGAAUUUCUCCUCCAGUGGACCUAGAAUAUCAGUAUAUGUUGGAGCAUGUAAUAACUUUGCCAUCAGCUGCCCAAACUAGACUGCCUUUUCACUUGAUAUUCUUUGGCACAGCACAGAACUUCUGGAAAAUUAUCUCUACAGAACUCAGUGAAGAAUCCUUCUCAACAUUGCUGUUAAUUUCUAAAUUAAUGAAGUUUUCUUUGGACACUCUAUAUGUGUCUACAGCCAAACAUGUCUUUGAAAAAAAGCUGAAGCCAAAGCUGCUGAAGUUAGCACAAGCUAAAUCUUCAACUCUGAUUAACAAGGAAAUAACAAAGAUCACUCAAACCAUCGAAUCGUACUUGUUAUCUAUAGUUAACCCCGAGUGGGCUGUAGCUAUUGCCAUCAGUCUUGCCCAGGAUAUUCCAGAAGGCUCCUUCAAGAUGUCUAGCUUGAAAUUCUGCCUUUACUUAGCUGAGAGAUGGCUGCAGAAUAUCCCACCCAAGGAUGAAACACGUGAAAAAGCCGAGGCUCUGUUGAAGAAGCUCCAUAUUCAAUACCGGCGAUCAGGCACAGAAGCAGUGCUGAUAGCCCACAAAUUAAACACAGAAGAAUAUUUGAGAGUGAUUGGAAAACCAGCACAUCUCAUUGUCAGUCUGUACGAACAUCCUAGCAUAAAUCAAAGAACUCAGAACUCAUCUGGCAAAGAUUACCCCGAUAUCCACACAGCAGCAAAAGAAAUAGCUGAAGUCAAUGAAAUUAAUUUGGAAAAGGUCUGGGACAUGUUGUUGGAAAAAUGGCUGUGCCCUACCACAAAACCUAGUGAAAAACCUUCAGAAUUAUUUGAACUUCAGGAAGAUGAAGCCUUACAGAGAGUCCAGUAUCUCCUUCUGUCUCGUCCGAUUGAUUACAGUUCAAGAAUGCUGUUUGUGUUUGCAACAUCAGCUACAAUUACACUAGGAACGCAUCAGCUAACUUUUGCCCAUAGAACACGAGCUCUUCAAUGCCUCCUCUAUUUGGCUGACAAGGAAACUAUAGAAUCUCUUUUCAAAAAACCCAUUGCUGAAGUGAAAUCUUAUUUGAAAUGUUUGACUUUUCUGGCGUCAUUUGAGACUUUGAAUAUCCCCAUCACAUAUGAAUUGUUUUGCAACAGUCCUAAAGAAGGAAUGAUUAAGGGUCUGUGGAAAAACCACAGCCAUGAAUCCAUGGCGGUAAGAUUGGUGACUGAACUUUGUUUAGAAUACAAAGUCUAUGACCUGCAGCUUUGGAAUGGAAUCUUGCAAAAGCUUCUUGGCUUCAAUAUGAUUCCUUUUCUAAGAAAAGUUUUAACAGCCAUUUCUAGUAUCCAUUCUUUAUGGCAGGUUCCUUACUUCAGCAAAGCUUGGCAGCGUGUAAUACAGAUACCGCUACUUUCAGCCUCUUGUCCUUUGAGUCCCAGUCAGUUAUCAGAUUGCUGUGAGAGUCUCACCGCAGUCCUAGAAUGUCCUGUUUCAGACGAUCUCGAUAUGAUUGGAGUUGCCAGGCAGUAUGUCCAGUUAGAGCUUCCAGCUUUCGCAUUAGCCUGUCUGAUGCUCAUGCCCCACUCAGAAAAGAGACACCAGCAAAUUAAGAAUUUUCUGGACUCAUGCAAUCCUCAGGUCAUUUUACAGCAAUUAGAAGAGCAUAUGAAUACUGGCCAGUUAGCAGGAUUUUCACAUCAAAUUAGAAGUUUGAUUCUGAAUAAUAUCAUAAAUAAGAAGGAGUUUGGGAUUUUGACAAAGACAAAAUACUUUCAAGCAUUGAAAUUGCACAUGAUGAAUGCCAACAAUAUCUCUGAACUAGUAAACUAUUUAGCAAAUGAAUUAAGCUUAGAUGAAGCCUCUGUCUUUAUAACUGAAUAUUCCAAGCAUUGUGGAAAACCCGUGCCCUCUGACGCUGCUCCCGGUGAAAUUCUAAAGGUGUUUCUUAGUGGAUUAUAAUAAAUCAUCAAACCUUUUUUCAAGAAGAACUAGAGGAAUUUGGAGUCUGCUGUUAACUGACCAUGUUGAUUACAGUUUAAGAAGUGUA